AUGGCUGAAGAACAUUCGGAAUAUCCUCGCAUAUCAUUACCUGUACCUCAAAUGAGAUCACACUACGAUGUGGUGGUUAUCGGGUCAGGUUAUGGCGGUGCCAUUGCAGCUUCACGAAUGUCAAGAGCUGGCAAACGCGUUGCCUUGCUAGAAAAAGGAAAAGAAAGGUGGCCUGGAGAAUUUCCAACUAAAUUAAGAGAUUGCAUGAAAGAAGUUCAAUAUAGUUCACCAAAGAUACAUACCGGUAAUAAAACUGGAUUAUAUCAAUUUUAUAAUGGGAGUAAUCAAGAUGCUGUGGUAGCUUGUGGCCUCGGGGGUACUUCCCUUAUUAACGCAAAUGUAGCUCUUGAAGCCGACGAUCGUGUUUGGAAGAUGUCCGUUUGGCCAAAUGAAAUCAGGAAUGACCACGAAAGUUUAAAAAGAGGUUAUGAAAGAGCUAGAGAAAUGCUCCAACCGGUUAGUUACCCUUCAAACUUUCCUGAAUUACCCAAAUUAAAAACCUUAGAAGAACAAGCGAGAUUAUUGGGAGAUAAAUAUCAUAAAAAUUUCUCGAGAGCGCCUAUCACUGUUACAUUUGAAAAUCGCGUCAAUGCUGCAGGAGUACGUCAACAAGCGUCAACAUUAACCGGAAAUGACUGUACAGGAAUUAAUGAUGGUAGUAAAAAUAGUACCCUAAUGAAUUACAUACCCGACGCAUGGAAUCAUGGAUGUGAAAUAUUUUGUGAAUGUAGUGUACAGAGAAUUAAAAAAUGUGAUAAAACCAAUAGGUAUAUUAUAUUUUACGAGUGGUUAGAUGACAAUCGCACAAAAUUUAAGGAAGAAAGUCGUUUCUGUCCUUACUUUGUUAUCGCUGAUGUGGUGUUCCUCGGUGCUGGCACGCUUGGUUCGAAUGAGAUCCUAUUACGAUCAAGAUCGUAUGGUCUAAAAGUUGGCGAUCGUUUAGGGAAAGGAUUUAGUGGAAAUGGUGACAUACUUGGAUUUGGUUAUAACAUGGAUCAUUUUGUUAAUGGUGUUGGUUCGGGAGAUCAUGUUGCGUCCGGUCUGGAUGCUCCGGUUGGCCCGUGCAUUACCGGUAUCAUUGAUAUGCGCCGUGAUGCUGAAAAUGUACUCAAGGGAUAUGUGAUUGAAGAGGGUGCUGUUCCUCUCGCUGUUGGCAAGGCUUUCCAAAUUUUCCUCAAAUCAGGAAGUACCCUGGUCGGUUCCAAGCCGAAAAAUCUUACAUACUCGCAAUCUUUUAACAGAAGAUGGAGACAAAUUAGGUCAGCAAUUGGAGGGUUUUAUACUGGCGCCAUAUCACAUACUCAAACGUACUUGAUUAUGUCACACGAUGAUAACACGGGUCAAUUAGAAUUAGUCAAUGAUCGAUUGAACAUGGAGUAUAAAGGUGUAGGUACUUCGGAUACUGUGAUGGAAUUGAAUAAGGUUUUAGAAGACGCUACAACUCUGGCGAAUGGAACUUAUAUACCAUCUCCGUUGUGGUCGAAAUUUUUUGGAAGGGGAAUGGUUACGGUUCAUCCAAUUGGAGGUUGUGGUAUGGGCAAAGAUGGAAAAUCUGGAGUUGUAAAUCACAAAGGCCAGGUAUUUAUCGGGGAAAGCAAUGAUGUUCAUGAAGGACUUUACGUAUGUGAUGGUGCAGUCAUACCAACUGCUCUUGGAGUCAAUCCAUUUUUUACGAUUAGUGCAUUUUCCGAACGAAUUUGUGAAUAUGCAGCAAAAGAUCGUGGAUGGACAAUUGAUUAUGAUCUUGUUAAUAAACCAAUUGAUUUUAACCAUCCGUUGAAAUCUUAUGAACAAAAUGAACGUGAUUUAAUAAAAAGACAGAGAAAAUGCCACGAGUUGGACGGUGGGAUAUGUUUCACAGAAGUCAUGAAAGGUUAUUUUUCGACCGAAAUUUUAUCAACAGAUUAUGCCACUGCUGAAUUACAAGCAAGAUCUGCAAAUUCGACAAUGCAAUUUUUAUUGACGGUCAUUGCUUAUAGCGCAGAGACAAUAGUUGACAUGGAUGAUCAUUCAGCAUUGAUUACUGGCACAGUAUCGUGUCGAGCUUUAUCCCCAGAUCCAUUGCUUGUAACACGUGGAAAAUUCCGUUUGUUCAUCCCAGAUACUGAUAAAGUCGAUUCUAAUAGAAUGAUGUAUAAUUUGAAUUUAUGCGCUACUGAUGGAACAAAAUAUCGGUUCAAAGGAUACAAGUUAGUCAAGAAUGGCAAAUUGAGAGACGCGUGGGAACAAUCUACAAUGGUUGGCAGAGGGAUAUUACAAAUGAGCCCUUUUGCAUUCUUGAAGCAAAUGACUACGUUUAAGGCGACCGGACCAACAUUUGUUUCAAGGAUCAGGGCCAUGUUUACAUUCAAUGAUUUCUUUGCAACGACUGUGUUAAGACACGUAUUUUCCAGAUUUCUUCCUUUAGAAUAUCCAAGCAGAACCUUUCCAAUCGCAAAACCAUUUUAUCAUCAAAGUAGACCGAAAAAAGACGUGUGGGAAAUCAAUGCCGAAGAUGGUGUUAAAAGUACAAUGGUCAGAUACCAAGGUGGAAGAAAAGGUCCACUCCUUUUAAUACAUGGAGCCGCUAUGACACAUGAAAUGUGGUCAACAAAUUUAAUAAAGAAUAGCUUCUUGGAUUAUCUUUUGGGACAUGGAUAUGAUGUAUUUUUAGUUGAUCAUCGUUUAUCGCCAAAAAAUUCAGCAUCUAAAGAACAACAUACUUUAGAUGGUAUUAGAUUAGAUCUCGCCGCUGCCGUCAGUAAAGUUCGGGAAGCUACUGGUGUUGAGAAAAUUGGUGUAAUCGCUCAUUGCGUGGGAUCGAUAUCGACAUUUAUGGGAUUACUAGAUGGAAAGAUCGAAGGGGUAGGAUGCCUUAUUGGUUCUCAAGUUGCAAUGCACCCAAUACUUAGUUUUUGGAAUAGUGUCAAGUUGCAUUUACAAAUACUUCCAUUAUGGAGACAUGUAUUACGUCAAACAACAUUUGAUGUAAGAACGUCUCCAGAUACCAAUUUACUCAACAAAGUUGUUAAUCAGUUAUUACGUUUUUACCCAGUACCAAGGAAUCAAACUUGUCGUAGCGCGUUGUGUCAUAGAGCGUCUUUAUGUUAUGGUACAUUAUAUCAACAUGAAAAUCUUAACCAACAAGUUCACGAUCAUCAACAUGAAUUUUUCGGAAACGUGAACCUUACUACGAUGCAACAUCUAAAUAAUAUGGGACAAAAGAAAAUGAUCUUAAAUUAUCAGGGUCAAAAUGUCUAUAUCACAAAAGAAAAUAUUAGUAAUAGAUUGAAUUUCCCAAUUUGUUUAAUUCACGGAGAAUUGAACUCGGUGUUUGAUUUGACGGCGACGAAAAAGAGUUAUGAUAUGUUACGAACGACAAACGGUAUCGAUAAUUAUACACAUUAUGAAAUUGAUAAAUAUGGUCAUUUAGAUUGCUGGUGGGGAACUAACGCAAUCACGGAUGUAUUCCCUAAAGCAUUAAGACAUUUAGAAGAAACGCAACAUUUAUGGGGAUAUCAUGCUGGUCAACCAAAAAAAGGUUUUCACCCUUCUAAUGAUACUUCUAGUGAUGAUUUAAUUUAA